AUGAUGAAAAGGAACACAGCAGGACCCCAUCGGUCAGCUCAGAGCCAGGACCCCAUCGGUCAGCUCAGAGGCAGGGCACCAUCUGUCAGCUCAGUGCCAGGAACCCAUCGGUCAGCUUGGAGCCAGGACCCCAUCGGUCAACUCAGUGCCAGGAACCCAUCGGUCAACUCAGUGCCAGGAACCCAUCGGUCAGCUUGGAGCCAGGACCCCAUCGGUCAGCUCAGAGCCAGGACCCCAUCGGUCAGCUCAGAGACAGGACCCCAUCGGUCAGCUCAGAGCCAGGAUCCCAUCGGUCAGCUCAGAGGCAGGGCCCCAUCUGUCAGCUCGGAGCCAGGACCCCAUCGGUCAGCUCAGAGGCAGGACCCCAUCGGUCAGCUCAGAGGCAGGGCCCCAUCGGUCAGCUCAGAGCCAGGAUCCCAUCGGUCAGCUCGGAGCCAGGACCCCAUCGAUCAACUCGGAGCCAGGACCCCAUCGGUCAACUCAGUGCCAGGAACCUAUCGGUCAGCUCAGAGACAGAACCCCAUCGGUCAACUCAGUGCCAGGAACCCAUCGGUCAGCUCAGUGCCAGGAACCCAUCGGUCAACUCAGUGCCAGGAACACAUCGGUCAACUCAGUGCCAGGAACCCAUCGGUCAGCUCAGAGCCAGGACCUCAUCAGUCAGCUCAGAGCCAGGGCCCCAUCGGUCAGCUCAGAGCCAGGGCCCCAUCGGUCAGCUCAGAGACAGAACCCCAUCGGUCAACUCGGAGCCAGGACCCCAUCGGUCAGCUCAGAGCCAGGGCCCCAUCGGUCAGCUCAGAGCCAGGACCCCAUCGGUCAGCUCGGAGGCAGGAUCCCAUCGGUCAGCUCAGAGCCAGGAUCCCAUCGGUCAACUCGGAGCCAGGAUCCCAUCGGUCAGCUCAGAGCCAGGACCUCAUCGGUCAGCUCAGAGCCAGGGCCCCAUCGGUCAGCUCGGAGCCAGGGCCCCAUCGGUCAGCUCGGAGCCAGGGCCCCAUCGGUAAGCUCGGAGCCAGGAUCCCAUCGGUCAGCUCAGAGCCAGGGCCCCAUCGGUCAGCUGGGAGCCAGGAUCCCAUCGGUCAACUCAGAGCCCGGACACAUCAGUCAGCUCAGAGCCAGGAUCCCAUCGGUCAGCUCAGAGCCAGGGCCCCAUCGGUCAGCUCGGAGCCAGGAUCCCAUCGGUCAGCUUGGAGCCAGGGCCCCAUCGGUCAGCUCGGAGCCAGGAUCCCAUCGGUCAACUCGGAGUCAGGGCCCUAUCGGUCAGCUCGGAGCCAGGAUCCCAUCGGUCAGCUCAGAGGCAGGGCCCCAUCGGUCAGCUUGGAGCCAGGGCCCCAUCGGUCAGCUCAGAGCCAGGACCUCAUCGGUCUGCUCAGAGCCAGGACCUCAUCGGUCAGCUCAGAGCCAGGGCCCCAUCAGUCAGCUCAGAGCCAGGACCUCAUCGGUCAGCUCAGAGCCAGGACCUCAUCGGUCAGCUCAGAGCCAGGGCCCCAUCGGUCAGCUCAGAGCCAGGGCCCCAUCGGUCAGCUCAGAGCCAGGACCUCAUCGGUCAGCUCAGAGCCAGGACCUCAUCGGUCAGCUCGGAGCCAGGGCCCCAUCGGUCAGCUCGGAGCCAGGGCCCCAUCAGUCAGCUCGGAGCCAGGGCCCCAUCGGUCAGCUGGGAGCCAGGAUCCCAUCGGUCAACUCAGAGCCCGGACCCAUCAGUCAGCUCAGAGCCAGGAUCCCAUCGGUCAGCUCGGAGCCAGAGCCCCAUCGGUCAGCUCAGAGCCAGGGCCCCAUCGGUCAGCUGGGAGCCAGGAUCCCAUCGGUCAGCUCAGAGCCAGGAUCCCAUCGGUCAGCUCAGAGCCAGGACCUCAUCGGUCAGCUCAGAGCCCGGACCCAUUAGUCAGCUCAGAGCCUGGAACCAUCGGUCAGCUCAGAGCCAGGACCCCAUCGGUCAGCUCGGAGCCAGGACCCCAUCGGUCAGCUCAGAGCCCGGACCCAUUAGUCAGCUCAGAGCCAGGACCUCUUCGGUCAGCUCAGAGCCUGGACCCAUCAGUCAGCUCAGAGCCAGGACCUCAUCGGUCAGCUCAGAGCCUGGACCCAUCGGUCAGCUCAGAGCCAGGACCUCAUCGGUCAGCUCAGAGGCAGGACCCCAUUUGUUGA